CACACGAUGGGCAGCAGCUGCAACCUGGGAGAAGAUCAGUGCGAGAACCUGUACUCCCGCAGCAGCAACGGCAUUUUCUACAUCAGGGGCGACCGCAGCGGCAUGCGGCUCGAGAAAGCCAAAGUCAGGGGAGCCAUCGUCGUCAGUCCCUUCGGUUAUGAGACUGAACAUUUGCAGACCGUCACCUGGCAGAAAUUGGCGCUGGUUUCUGUGGAGGCUCUACCAUCGACUCCACAAGACUGUUCGCGCAGGACUUGUGUUGAAGACACACAAAUGACGUACACCCUCACCGUCCCAUACACAGAAGACUAUGUCUCUGCCUACAAGUGGGCACGACCUGGCAGCAUGAAAAAGACAAUACAGGAAAUAACUGGAGCCUCCGUGGAUGCUGCUGGUCAAAAGAAGAAUGAGCAACGAGUAGCUGGUCUCAUCCACGAAGUCGCAGCGGCAAUGGCUACAGGAAGACUCGAGGCGACUGCACGGGCGACCUUGCUUCUCAAUUACGCCACGUAUCUCAUGUACGGCUUCACAGCCGAUGAACUACUCAACGUAAUGGCAUUGAUCCCACCAGCAGAAUUUGAUUUGUUCUACGGUGUAAUCGGUGAACUUGGCACCCAGCCUGCGGUGACGCUCUUCUUGCAGGCGUUGAAGGACAACCGCGUGUCAGCCUUCAGACAAGUCGUCUUCUCGGGCUCCCUCAACAGCAACCUCAAGUCGACCAAUGCUCUCAAACCUGUCAUGGAUUAUGUUCUCAGCCAGAACAUUGACGCCAAGCCAUUCUCGACAUCUCAAUCGCUGUUGAACCUCGCCUCGUUGGUGCAACGUCUUUGCCUUGGGACGAGCGGUCGCAACGACUCCUUCACUUACUUCGCCAAACAGCAGUGCCGCCGAGAUCAGAUCCUCGAGAUAUUACAAAGAACCCUCAUUGACAGACUCUCGAAUUCCACCAAGUUCUGGAAGCAAAUGGUUUACGUGAAAGCUCUGGUCAACCUGAAGACGGUUGAGUCGACCAACGCCCUGCUGCCGUACGCCCUCGGCAGGAGGCAGUGCGACACUCAAGUUCGAGCUUUGGCCCUCGAGGCCCUGGCGAGCUGGAACGCCCCGAGUGGCCGACAUCAGACGAAGAUCUCUUUGAUAUUAUUGGACAUCUUCGAAAACCCUGCCGAACAUCCGACCCUGAGGGCGCGUGCAUUAGCUUUCCUCUCCUCGUGGCCUCUAACGUCGGCAGCUUGGACUCGCCUGGCGCUGGCCACAAAAAUGUCUGGCCUGAAAGAUCUUUCUGCACUCACCUACUCACUUAUCAAGACUACUUCUGAAUACCAGCAUCCCGAGGCCAUUAGGAUGCGUCAGCUUGCGCAGCACGCGCUCUCGCUUGCGAAGCCUAGCAGCGCGGCUGAACGUUACUCGGGCUUCAAGUCUUGGUACCGCUACUGCUUCUCUUCUCAGUUUGGAAGCCUGGACUACCAGAUGGGCAUCAAAGACCCCGCUUCUCCCCUGCCAGCAGAGUUUUCUGCCUACGUCAGGAAAACUUUAGGAGGCGCGGUGUUCCAUCGCAAGUUGGACAUCUCAAUUUCCAACGACAACGGGAACUUGAUGGAGAUUAUCAGCAAGCUGCUGUACAACGUAGCCCCCGCGAGCAGCAAUGCGCAAAUCUCAACCAAUUUCAUGAAGAUGCUCCGUUCGAACCUGGUCAUCAGCGAGAAGGUUCGGGCGGCAAUAGUGGGCUUGGUGAGCUUCAACCCUCUGAAGGACGUUGAGAUCUUCCUGCCUCUCGAGCACGAGUUCUUUGCUGACCUCGUGAAGUCUGUGUGGGGCUCCGGCAAUAGCCUCUCCGGGCCUAGCACCCUGUAUGUCAACCCUGAUGAUUAUACGUUCACAACAGUGAAUGAUAUUGGACUGCCGGUCAUCACUAAUUUGCGUGUCUACAUUGAGCGCAAUCGUCGAGACAAUGGCCCCGUGGUCCAGAAGUAUGGUGGCUGCUGGAGUCUCUCACACCACCGGCGCACUGCAACCUUACUCCCCCAAACUGGUCUACAGAGCUACUGUACUGCAGACAAAGACCACAACGCUGCUUUAGAAAUCACUCUCACUCCGAAAUACGAAACGAGUGCUGUUGUAUUCAUAAAGACGACCCAGCCCUACACCCUCCUACGGGACACUGCGCCCGCCGAUGUAUCUCGAGUCCUCCAGAAUAUGGCAUCUGUUGAGCCCGGUCCCCAAUCACACACCAAGUACAAGAAUGAAUGGAUCUUGCCUUUAAAUUUUGAUGCCAAAUACGAAGGGGACAUCCCGCUGUCUCUGGAAUUGGAUUCCUUCUUUGACAAGAAAACGUCUUGGUUGGAUAAAUGGCUGCUGGCUCCUUCGUUGCACGCCUUCACCUUCUCCGUCGUGCACAAGUUCAACCCUACCAACGCUCGUGUCGUCCUCAGAUACAGUCUAGGCCAUUUGGAACGAGCGCCCGACGCCGGUCGCUUCGUCUCUAAGUACGGACAAGACACCUUCGAGGACUACGAGCUGUGCGGCCACGAGAGCUCAGACAUCGUGCAGCAGUUCACUGGAGAUCAGGCGCAAGACGAGGACCUGUGGAGUCAGCAGUCUGGAGGUGUCGACAUCGAGCAGUCAGCUUUCAAUGAAAUUCAGACGUUCGGGUCAUUCGGCCAGGAGGAGGAGCAACAGCAGUCAAAAGCUCCGCAGAAAUUAACGAUCCUCGACUCGACUGAAGUGGAACUGACCCGCCCGACUCAGCAGUUUGGGAGCGUGUCGGAGCCGCAACUCAUGUCGUUCUUACGCAAUCUUCGCAGGAACGCCGGUUGGAAGUACCAAAUAGCUGGCCAAAGCAUCCGUGGCGAGGUAUGGCGCAACAAUCAGCAGACCGCGAGCUUCGAGGCUGUCUUGGCCACCACAACUUGUUAUGGACUGCACGACCAAAAGUCUACCAAGAUUGCGGCGGUCUUCGACGUUACUGGAGUGCCUUGCGCCAGGUCUUGUUUCGAGGGGGAUUUAACGCUUCCCAAGCUAAACGACCUCGACACAAUUGACGUCAUUUUCGCAAAGAACCUCACCAGAUCCGAGCAGUUCAGUGUGUAUCAAGGGGACCGCUGCGAGACGCUUUUCUCAUCAGCCUCGCUCAAGUAUUCACUCACUGAAGUGGGCAAGGCCAGCCUGAAACAGAAAUUGGAGGAAAAAAGCAAGUUUCACUGGGGCAAGAAAACCGACGCUGUACGAGAGUUCCACAAAAUAGCGGAGUACAACGAAGUGACUAGGACCCUCAAUGUAAAUGACGUGAGCAAACUGCCUUGCCGAAACAGCUUCCUCGGAUUCACUUACAAGACUCUCUUCAAUGAAAUCUUCUUGAAAAGAAUUAUGCACGAGCCUCCUAUUGACGAUUGUUUUGCAGAGGAAAGCGUGAAGAAAAUACAGUCUUCCGUCUUCCGUGACGAACAGAACAGGUGGUUCUUGACUCGUAACGGUCAGAAAAUUUUGGAUGGAGUCCAACUCCCUGAAAUUGUCCAGAACUCCGCAAAAAUUGGCCUUAUGUCGGAUUACAUUCCCGGAGACUACUGCACCAUCCAGUCUGAUUCUAUCACGACUUACGACGGCCUCCACGUGAACACGAGCCGCUCAAUUUCCUUGGACAGCUGCUCGUCGCUCGCCACGACGUUGUGCGAGCACGGUAACCACGAUGACUUCGGCAUCGCCGUGCAGCGCUUUGGCUUCAACGAAGUCGCGGUCAUCAUUGCAAGUGAACGUCAAGAUUUCUCUCUCGCCUUCGUCAACGGAGAGGUUAUGAUAAACGACCAGAAAUGGGAUGAGCGAGAAUACUUUAAGGAGCUCAAGGGGCAGGGCCGGAGCAACGUGAUCGGGUUCUUGUACAGACGCCGCGGCUUCUACAAAGUGGAGCUGCACGGCCUUGUUGACGUCAUUUAUAUGGAAACGAGCGUCUACAUUAAGGCCGCUGACCGCUUCCGAGGCUACUUGUGUGGACUGUGCGGGGACCUCAACAUGGAGCCUUCGAAUGACAUGAAGACGCCUGAAGGCUGCCUUCUUACCAACCCUGACCUCUUCGUUUCCUCGUGGAAACCUUCGUAUGGGUUCCAGUGUUCCUCUGAACGUCAUGUUGAUACUGCGACAUGCAUCAAAGAAGGACCUCUUCCACUCGACUACUAUGCGCAGUAUCAGCUGUGAAAAUUACAAAGUUCGAUCCAUUAGCUAUCAAGGCCCAUGCAUAUCUCAACACCCGCCUCUCCAUUUGACUUUCUUCUUGGCAAUCACUAUAUAAUGGCAAUAAUUUUUGUAUCAAGGUUAUCUUUUGUAUCUAAUAUAGGCAAGAUCCUUUGCAUUGAUCUGUAGCAUUAACAUAACCCUUGAAAGUUUAUCCACAAUUUACUGUAUUUUCCAAAAUCAUGAAAUUCAACCUAGAGGUUAAUGUGGUCAGUGAAGAAAGCAACUGCACAAAUUUGCUCUAAAAAACUAAUGUGUUUCAUAAAUUUUCAUUG